AGUUAUCCUGGUUGACUGAAACAACAUACAGGGUGAAACUUCCACUAACCAAUUACUGUAGAAACGAAAUCUGGACCUCCAGCUCCUCAAGACAAUUACCUAUCUCUCAAAAAUGGACAAUAAGCCAAGUAUCUACAGAAGGGAGUUAGUGGAAGUUCAGGGUGUCCCUCUCUUCUGGAGCAUUGCUGAGGAGUGGUCCCAGGUGGAGUCAUUUGAAUCCCGACCAGAUGACCUUUUGAUCUCCACCUACCCCAAAUCUGGCACAACCUGGGUCAGUGAAAUACUGGAUUUGAUCUAUAACAAUGGGGAUGCAGAGAAAUGUAAACGGGAUGCAAUAUACAACCGAGUGACAUUCAUGAAACUUAUAAUACCUGGAAUAGAAAGUGGCAUUGAGACUUUGAAAAACAUGCAGUCUCCUCAAUUAAUGAAAACACACUUGCCUGCUCAACUUCUUCCUUCUUCAUUUUGGAAGAAUAACUGCAAGAUGGUCUACGUGGCACGGAAUGCUAAAGAUGUGGCUGUGUCUUAUUUUUAUUUCUACCAAAUGGCAAAAUUACACCCGGAGCCUGGUACCUGGGAGGAGUUUCUGCAUAAAUUCAUGACUGGGAAGGUUGAGUCCAACUUUUAUUUUAAUCAAUCAUGGAGUUCCAUAAUAAAAAAGGUGGUGGCUUUUGGUUCUUGGUAUGACCAUGUGAAGGGCUGGUGGGAGAAAAGGAAAGAUUAUCAUAUCUUCUACCUAUUCUAUGAAGACAUGAAAGAGAUAGAGAGUAGGCUGACAGCUGUUGGGGGUGUGUUGCUAGGUGGGGAAGGUAUUGCAGGAGACUGGAAAAACAAGUUUACUGUAGCCCAAUAUGAGAAGUUUGAAGAAGAUUAUGAAAAGAAAAUGAAAGAGUCUACACUGAAGUUUCGAUCAGAGAUCUAAGAAAUAAGUGCUCUUUGUCCAACACCUUUGAUGGCAUUUAAAUUAGAACAAUAUCUCUUUGAACAUUUGGUGAAAGAAAACUCCAUGUGACAUUUCCUCAUUUAAUAAUGCUAGUGAUUUUCAAUAGAAUAUUCAAAGAAUUUCAGAGUCUACAUAUGAAAAAUCAGUACUGUCUCUAUGAUUGUAACUACCUUCCACAAAGUUUUUACUAUUCUUAAAGGCUAAAUGAAAUAAAGUUUAAAAUUAUAAA